AUGCCUGGAUUCCUUGACGACGCCAUUACGCAGCUUGACGCAAUUAUUGCCAGUUUGGAAGCGGCCUCCCAAGCUGACCGCACCUCCCCAGCAAAUCCAGGCUCUCAGCACAAAGCAGCCACCCCCAUUGCCGCGACGACACCAGAGACAGGUGAAAAGUCAGUUCCUCCACCAUCAGAACCUCAGGCACAGAAGCCCAAGGCGAAGAAGGAGAAGAAGCCUGCAGCAAAGGUCUUAGCUCCUGCAGUCCCGGACAGCGGCCCAGGCCUCUUCGCUCGCGCACAGCUACAGGCAUGCGCAGUGGUUGCUGGCCUGAAACAGCAUGUGGAGCGGGAGGCCCUAUUAGGCAGCCUGGUGGUGGCAAUUUUGAAUUUGAAGCCGGCCAAGCUGGCAGGGGAGGCGAGCGAAGCCAUGCUAUUAGCAGCAGAUGCUCCCUUGGAGGCCGGAGGAGAGCUUGUCAAAGUCCUCAUACCCCCAGAGGGCUCGUCCGUGGGGGAUCAAGUGUCUCUGGAGGGCAGCAGCCCUGCAGAGGAGUAUCCAAAGGUGCUCAAGUCAGGGCCUUGGAAGGAUAUUGUGGCAGGCCUGUCUGUGCGCAGUGGACGGGCCACCUUUGAGGGGCAGCCGCUUGUCACAGCAAAAGGUUACGUCAGCUUGCCAGCUGAGAUGCCAGAUGGGGCAGGCAUACACUGA